GCAUCAAUGCAGGUGAUGCAAGGAAGAGGUGCCUUUUGCUAAAAGUGCUCUCUAGUUUCCAUUGACGACUCUGCUGUUGCAUCCUUUCGCCGGCCUGCUCGGCUCAAGAGAUAGCAGAAGCUUUGAUGCUGGACAACGUGCCCAUUCCUGUUGGACCACUGAUUGAAGAGAUCGUGUUGGGAGAAAAACACAAUUUGCAUUUAGAAAUAUCGACUCGACCUCCAUAUGCAGCAGUUUAAUCAGUGACUUACCAGUUGUCCCGUGUUCAGCUACUUUUUCUAGUUCUAUUAGCUCUGAAAAUUUUGAUUUACGGAGUUAAUGUGUGAUCUGUUGGUUUUCGGUGAUUGUGUGGUAGUCCACUUGUUUUCUGCCAGAAAAUUCAUUUUCUCGAUGCUCAAGUGAUGCCGAUAAGAGGAGGAACAGAGAGGAUACUUCAGUAGGAACUGCUCCUUGCGUUUUCAUCGUCCUCCUCUGUCUCUGCAUCAUAUCCUUUCAGUUUGAGAUGAUUGAAGAGUGAAGAGAUCCCAUGCGGAACCCUGUUGAUACUCCUUCCGCCUGCUGACUAGUAGCAGCAAAAGUGUAGUUGCUGCUUCAGCUGCACAAUUCAUGUGACACAAGGAAGAUGAAGCUUUUAGCCAGGAAGUGAUGUGAUUGCUCUCCAAUUUCCAGCUACCCCGCUGCUGAUUUGUGUCCUUUAGCUCUGGUUUGCUCUGCCUCUGCUCAGGCCUGACACCCGUUUGGUGGAUCUCCCUCAACGUCUUUGCAUUGUAACAUGGCAACCAUACUGGAAUCUUCUGUUGGAUCAUGUGUUAAGAAGUUGCAAGAGAUAGUUACAGAGGAGGCCAUACUAAUUUUAGGUGUAAAAGAUGAGCUCACAGAACUGCAGAGAAGGAUGGAGAGAAUACAUCACUUUCUUAAUGAUGCAGAGCAAUGGAGCUCAAAGGAAUCAGAUGAUAAUAAUUGUCUUGGUCAGCUAAGAGAUGCUAUGUAUGACGGUGAUGAUAUUAUCGACUUGGCUAGAUCUAAAGGAAGCAAGCUAUUACCAUAUCAUUCUCUGUCAUUAUCAAGCAAAUCGACUACAUGCAGUGGCCUUUCACCCUUCUCUUGCUUUUCUAAUAUCCAAACGCGUCAUCAGGUUGCUGUCAAGAUUACAAGCCUAAACAAAAGAAUAGACAAUAUUUUAAAGGAUAAAGGUAUUUCAUCUGUCCCAAAUAUACAACCUACUAGAAAAGAUUUAGAUCCGAAACUGAGAAAAACUUCCAACCUUGUUGAACCCUACCUUGUGGGUAAGGAGGUCAUACAUGCUACAAGAAAACUAGUGGAUUUGCUACUUGAACAUAAGGACAAGAGGUCUUACAAGCUUGCUAUUGUUGGAACAGGAGGAGUUGGUAAGACAACACUAGCACAGAAAAUAUACAAUGACCGAAAAAUAAAAGGGUGCUUCGACAAACAAGCAUGGGUUUGUAUCUCAAAAGAUUACUCUGAAAUUACUAUUCUAAAGGAGAUUCUUCGAAAAAUUGAAGUACAAUACAUGGAAGAUGAGUCAAUUGAUGAGCUCCAAAGCAAGCUGAAAUUAGCCAUCAAUGAGAAGAGCUUCUUUCUUGUGUUGGAUGAUGUCUGGGAUUCUCAUACAUGGGCAACUCUAUUGAAGAUCCCAAUGCAUACUGCAGCCACUGGGAUAAUUCUAUUGACAUCUCGACUUGACACUGUUGCUGUAGAAAUUGGAGUGGACUAUAAACACCGAGUUGAUUUAAUGUCAGUGGACGUAGGAUGUGAGUUACUUUGGAAGAGCAUGGACAUCAAUGAAGAAAAUAUAGUAGAAAAUCUUCGAGACUUAGCGAUAGAUAUUGUUCGCAGAUGUGGUUGUCUUCCUCUUGGAAUUAAGGUUAUUGCUAGAGUUUUGGCAAGCAAAGACCAAACUGAGAAUGAAUGGAAGAAGAUUUUAAGAAAAGAUGCUUGGUCCAUGAGCAAACUUCAUAGUGAAGUAACAAGCGCUUUAUAUCUAAGCUACGAAGAUCUACCACACUAUUUAAAGCAGUGUUUUGUGUAUUUUGCCAUGUUUCCAGAAGAUUCAGUUAUUUUGCGUGAUGAUUUGGUGAGGAUGUGGGUGGCUGAAAGGUUCAUAGAUGAGCAAGAUGGCCAGCUACUAGAAGAUACAGCUGAAGAAUACUACUAUGAGUUGAUAUAUCGAAAUCUCCUCGAACCAGAUUAUUUAAUAGCUGAUCUUAGUAAAUGCAGAAUGCAUGAUCUACUAAGGCAGCUUGCUUGUCAUUUAUCUAGAGAGGAAUGUUUUGUUGGUGACCCAGAAUCAAGAACAGUUAGUGUUAUGAGUAAAUUUAGACGUAUUUCAGUUGUCACUACGAAGGAUAUGGUGGUGUUACCUAGCAUAGAUAAGGAGCAGUAUAAAGUGAGAACUUUGAGGACAUCACAUAAAAAGUCAACAAGAGUUGAUAAUACAAUAUUUAGAAAACUUCAAUGUAUUGGAGUUUUGGAUUUGACUAACUCCGUUAUACAAGGUAUUCCAGAUUGUAUUGGAAGAUUAAUUCAUCUACGGUUACUUGAUCUUGAUGGAAGUGACAUAUCUAGUCUUCCUGAGUCCAUUUGUUGUCUCAUAAACCUUCAGAUACUAAACUUGCAGGGAUGUGUUGCUUUGUAUAGUCUCCCUCUAGGAAUAACUCGGUUAUGUAACCUGAGACGCCUUGGUCUUGCUGGAUCACCAAUAAAUCAGGUUCCAAAAGGGAUAGCUAAACUGAAGUUCCUCAAUGAUUUACAAGGAUUUCCAGUUGGUGGUGGCAGUGAUAACAGUGCUAGAAUGCAAGAUGGAUGGAAUCUAGACGAGCUGGGUCCUCUUUCCCAGCUGAGGAAUCUUCGUAUCAUUAAGUUGGAAAGAGCAUCGCCUUACAAUACAUAUUCAUUGUUACUAGACAAAAAGUUUCUCAAACAAUUAUAUUUAUAUUGUACAGAACAUACAGAUGAUCCAUAUUGUGAAGAAGAUGUAAUCAAUAUUGAAAGAACUUUUGAGAAGCUAAUCCCUCCACGGAACAUUGAAGAUCUAAGUUUGAAGCGAUUCUGUGGUGGGAGGUUUCCCUUCUGGCUGGGUACUGCUAGACAUUUGCCUUCACUGAAAUACUUGAACCUCUUUGAUUGCGAAUCAUGUGUGCAUCUUCCUGCAAUCGGGCAGCUCCCCAACUUGAAAUUCCUAAGAAUCCAGGGAGCAACUGCGGUCACCAAGAUUGGACCUGAAUUUAUUGGCUUCGGGGUGGGUAAUUUCGGAUCUCCAGAGGCAGUUGGUUUCCCCAAGCUUGAAACGUUUGUCAUCGAGGAUAUGCCCAACUGGGAGGAGUGGACCUUUGUAGUUGAAGUAGAAGAAGCAACAGCAGCAGGUAAGGAAGGUGGAGAAGAUGGAGCUGCUGCAAAGCAAAAGGGGGAAGCUCCACCUCCAAGGAUACAGCUGCUGCCUCGUUUGAAGAAGCUGCAUCUUUACCGCUGCCCCAAGCUGAGAGCUCUUCCACGACAGCUUGCACAGGAGGCCACCAGCUUGAAGGAGCUCCAAUUAAGAUACAUGGACAAUAUUAAGGUUGUGGAGGACCUUAUGUUCCUCUCUGAUUUCCUUGCAAUUGUGGAUUGUGCAAGCCUGGAGAGGGUGUCGAAUCUACCGCAAGCAAGAGAGCUGCGUGUGUGGGGCUCUCCAUGCUUGACGUGUAUUGAGAAGUUGGACAACCUGCAGCUGCUGUUUCUGCACGAGAGUAUGCAAGAGGUCUCCUCACUGUGGCUGCCUGGGCUCCAACAGCAGUGCAGACAAGUUCAUGGUGAAGAUUUGGAUGUCUAUAAUUGGACAUGAGAUGGCAUACAACUUUCACAACAAUAUGGCUACUAAGAUGCAAGGUGGCUACAGUACGCUUUAUGCAAGUUUAAUGGUGCAGCUGAUUGGGCAGUAACAACAGCGCCAACAACUUCAUGGGGAAACAACUUCAGGAUUUCUGGAUAUUGGUCUUCUGUAGGAAGCAGGACUGAUGAUAAAGUGCAACGAUCAUGCAUGUUGAGCUGACGCCGGCAGGUGGGAACACCAAGAGAUGAAAUCAAGAACAGCUGCAUCCAAUGCAGCAAUGCUUGCUCUAGGUUGGGCCUAUGAGAACUGGGAAGGGUUUGUUCUAUGUCUGUUCUUGGUUACAUGCUACUGAAGGAUGACUGUGAUCAAGAAUAAAAUGUGUGCAUCCUUGUGUGCUAUUCUUGUGAGCAUGUCUGAAUAAAAUAUGUGCUACUUGAGUGUUUGGCUAUCCUUGUGUGCAUGUCUGAAUAAAAUGUGUGCUACUUGAGUGA